AUGGAUGGUGAGGAUUCCGAUCCGUUCCAGGACUUCCGCGUCGGGGAUCCUGUUCUACCAUCCCAGCAUCAAUAUUCUGCCGGGGCAGCUGAGAUGGAAGUGGUUGAGAAUCCUGACAUUACUGGGGUAGGCGGUCAAGACCUCCGCUCCAUAGAGAAGUGUCUUCAGGAGACAGCCUUGUGCAUCUUCAGUUUGGUGUUCAGGCACAGGCUGUGGCGACUGAACAGGGAGCUCCGCAUCCGGCCGAAGGCCUGGCUGGCUUUGAAGAGCCGAUGGGCGACCUCGUCGUCGACUGUCGUGCUGCGGGAAAGUGUGCCUCAUAG